AUGAGCCAAGGCGACAAGUCAUUCUGGGACAGGUCAGCAGCGUCCUACGCCCAGGCAAAAGUAUCCGACGAGCGCGGCUACCAGCGCACCCUCGCCGCGACAAGGAGCUACCUCGGGCGCGGCGACCGCGUUCUCGAGCUGGGAUGCGGCACCGGCUCCGCGGCGUUUGUCCUCGCGCCCUGCGUCGCCAGCUACCUCGCCACGGACCUGUCGUCUGAAAUGAUCAGGAUCGCCAACGAGAAGCGCGGGUCGGAUCCAGACGUUGCCCCCGGCCUGGAGUUCCGCGCAGCUACGGCCGAGGACGUGGCUCGCAGCAGCAGGGCCAGGUUCGACGCCGUGCUGGCGUACAAUUACCUGCACCUCGUGCGCGACCCGUGGGCCACGGUAGCGACGAUCAGGGACGUGCUAGGGGACGGCGGCGUCUUCGUCAGCAAGACGGCGUGCGUGGGGGGCGCGAAUCCGCUCAUGAGGUGGGUGGUGCUGCCGGCGAUGCAGGCCGUCGGCAGGGCGCCGCACGUGAAUAAGUUCACGGGGGCUGAGCUGAAGCAGAGGAUUCGGGAGGCGGGGUUUGAGAUUCUCGCCGAGGAGGUGCAUUCUUCCAAGGGGGAUGACGGGAGGCUGUUUAUCGUGGCGAGGAGGAAGUGA